AUGGCGAUGCUAUGCUCUGCCUUCAACCUUGGCUCUCGUCUUGUUGUUGGUAAUGGAGGUUUAUAUUUUGGGCCUUUGAGCCCGUAUUCAACCAGGCCAGAACGAAUCGGCCCACUCAAAAAACGCUCACGGCUGGAAACCCAAAUACCCGACCGCAUAAGCCGAGAGACGGCUUUUCCCUCCCUGAAUCUCUUCCCAGGAGAAAAUUUCCCGGAAAAUCUCAACUCUCACAAUAGGGGAAAAAUGGACGGAAAGUUAGAAAUCUCGAUCGACAAGCUCCCCGUCAAGCGGCUGGAGGCCAUCGAGCAAAAUUGCACCGAACGCUUCCCGACGUACGUCGUGGGCGGAGGAGAGGAACUGAAUGCUGUGCCAGUUGACCUACUGGCCGUGCGCUACUUAGAUUACAGCUUCUGCUCUUCUCUCGACUGA